AUGGAACAGAAGCCCAGCACCGGAAUGCCGAUGAAAACCAUCCAGACGGACUUUGGAAGGACGAUACCAACAUUCUCCCGGAAGAAAUCCUCCAAAUUGUCCGCCAUGAAGACGAAAUACACACAACAGAAACCGAGUUGAGCGAUGAAAACAUUGCAGUUGACGAGUUGUUUGAAGAAUUAUCCGCGAUGUCUGAUCCACGACGGGCCCGCUUCGAACGCACCUCGCAUAAUAUUUCCAUAAUCGAUUGCAUCUCGUCCGUUUCUGGAAAGCAAAUAUUUUAGGUGUCUGCCGACCAAAAAAUAUUUUUUCUGCUAAAUUUAUCGUUAGUUUUCCUCGAAGAAGCCUAAAAACAGAAGAAAAAUUCAAAUACUUACCUUGAACAGACAAAAUGGGGCGCAAAUAUUCAUCUGUCGCAUGCAGUAAAAGCAGACGGAGCAAAUCAACACCAAUAAAAAUCAUUCCCAGCUGAAAAUAAUACCCAAAUCAAGGACCCAAAGCGACAAAACUUCGCGAAAAAAGAUAAAAAAGCCAGCAAAAGAAAAGAGUCUGAGUCAAACAAAUCCUGUAAUUUCCCUGCGAGACACAAAACACGGAUCAAGUCCUUGCGGAUCAUUUCGUAAUUUUUAGGCCCAAAACUUGUAUUUUUUUACGACUUUCGUGGCAAAUUUUGCCACAAUAUAACUUUUUGGCUCUUAUUUUUUAGGUAGCUGAUGGAACAAGCAGAGUAUUUUUUUACGACUUUCGUGGCAAAUUUUGCCACAAUAUAACUUUUUAGCUCUUAUUUUUUAGGUAGCUGAUGGAACAAGCAGAGUAUUUUUUUACGACUUUCGUGGCAAAUUUUGCCACAAUAUAACUUUUUAGCUCUUAUUUUUUAGGUAGCUGAUGGAACAACCCAGUUGACCCUGUGGAAUCCGACGAGAUCCUGCGCACGGAAUACGACACAUCAGAUUUUGAGGACCAAAUUGAAGCGAGUUUGAACGUUGAGUUGGGUUUCAGCGACGAUCAGGUAUGUUUUUCUUGUUGUUCUUGAAAUUUAGGUAUGAAAAUUGAAAAAGAGGUAGAAAAGUUUGUUGAUGCUCAACUUUUGGGCUCUUAUUUUUUAGGUAGCUGAUGGAACAACCCAGUUGACCCUGUGGAAUCCGACGAGAUCCUGCGCACGGAAGACGACACAUCAGAUUUUGAGGACCAAAUUGGCGAGUUUGAACGUUGAGUUGGGUUUCAGCGACGAUCAGGUAUGUUUUUCUUGUUGUUCUUGAAAUUUAGGUAUGAAAAUUGAAAAAGAAGUAGAAAAGUUUGUUGAUGCUCAACUUUUCGGCUCUUAUUUUUUAGGUAGCUGAUGGAACAACCCAGUUGACCCUGUGGAAUCCGACGAGAUCCUGCGCACGGAAGACGACACAUCAGAUUUUGAGGACCAAAUUGAAGCGAGUUUGAACGUUGAGUUGGGUUUCAGCGACGAUCAGGUAUGUUUUUCUUGUUGUUCUUGAAAUUUAGGUAUGAAAAUUGAAAAAGAAGUAGAAAAGUUUGUUGAUGCCCUAGUAUAAGGCGUGAAAUUGAAGCCUUGAGCUUUUGAAGUUUAAUAAAAGUGAAAAUCAGCCAUUAGUGACCUAGAAAUUACUGGAUUUGGCAAUAAAUCUCAAUUUUUUUAGGAAAAUCCGUCGGAAGAAGCCGAAGAACCCAGCUCAUCUCUUGAAAAUGAUGUGAACAAACUUAUCAGGAACCAGCCAAAAGACACAGCCAGCCCCGAACAUCCGAUGGUACCCGUACGUCAGCUGCCCCUUCAACCAGUCGUUCCAUUUAAUAUUAUUUAG